UGGUUCUCUUCUAUAGGGAUUGAACUCAGGUUGCCUUGGUUGGUGGCAGGUACCUUACUAGCCCUCAUGGUUUUAUUUACAUAAAAGUCAAAUAAUUAACUGCUUUAUGUUUGGACAGUACACUUCUUAUUUCAACCAAAAGACAAAAUUGCAGUUUUACUCAAAGGUGCAGCUGUUAAAUACAGAAAGUGAUGAAAUUUCUCAGGACAUUAUUUCUAAGCAGAAUAAAGGAGCAUACAAGUGGUUGCUUUGGCCAUAUUGUGUAUCCUGCGCUACCCGGCCCCCCUCCCAAGUUUCAGCCCCUUCCCCAGUGCAAGCCACAGGCUUCUCUCAUGCUCUUGAGGUUCUGGUGGCAAUGGUAGACUUAACCUCAUAUUUCCCCCCUCAACUUUUAUUUAUUCUUCACAGAUUUCUCAUCAUUCUGAUCCUACCCUGUUGUCUCAUGUCUGCCCUCUCCCCCCAAAUCAAAACCACAUUUAAAAGAAAAACCCCACAGAAACAGAAGGAAUCGUCAUCGUCAUCUUGUCGUGAAAGCUGUAAUGUGGCCCAAUGAGACACACAGUUUACCCUUUAGUUCCUUCAUUUUCACAUGCAAGUCUUCAUUGCCACAAGUCAUCCUUCUGGCUCAAGGCCUCUGGCCUCCACUACACCGAUAAUGGGUUCUCACUGGGGUUCCUCUUGGAUAUCCUGCUGUCCUGUGUCGUGGAGAUCCUGCAAAAUUCAUUGUUCUGCAAAGAAAAUGUAUAUGUGCAGCUAUCACCAGAGUCUAAUACUAGAACAUUUCCAGUUCCCCACAAGUCUGUUUACUUAUUGACCUCAGACAGCCACCUGCUGAUCUGCUGUCACCUCCAGAGGCUGUUUUUCUGGACAUUUCAUGGAACUGGAGCCAGAUGACAGAAGGGCUCUUUCAUCCAACAUCUUUUUACAGAGCAUGAUGUUUUUGCAUCAACUCCUUUUCUCUGGACAUAACACAUUUGCUUAUCCUUGCACCAAUUGAUGGACAUUGAAUUGUGUCCAUGUUUCUAAAAUUAGCUGCUACUCUUGCUUUCUUCCCCCAACCGCCACUGUCCUGUUCUCUGUCUUCAUUUAUUUUUUUGGAGACAGCAUCUCACUAUAUAGUCCAAUUUGGCCUUGAACUAUGAGCUUCCUGUUUUGGUUUCCCAGGUGAGAUUGUACCUGUGCUGUGAUGCCGUGCUUAUUAACAGACUUAUUGUGAAGAGGAAAGUAUCAAAAAUGUUUCAAGUUCCUGUGCAGAAUCUUGACAACAUCAGGAAGGUGAGGAAGAGGGUGAAAGGCAUCUUGGUGGACAUUGGACUUGACAGCUGCAAGGAGCUGCUGAAGGAUCUUAAAGGCUUUGAUCCAGGAGAGAAGUACUUUUAUAAUACAUCAUGGGGAGAUGUUUCUCUUUGGGAACCUUCUGGAAAGAAAGCGAGAUACCGAACAAAGCCGUACUGCUGUAGUCUCUGUAGGUACUCAACAAAGGUGCUCACCUCCCUAAAAAACCACCUGCAUCGCUACCAUGAAGAUGAGGCCGACCAAGAGCUGAUGAUCCCCUGCCCCAACUGUCCGUUUGCUUCACAGCCCAGGGUGGUGGGCAAGCACUUCAGGAUGUUCCAUGCACCUGCUCGGAGAGUCCAGAGCUACACUGUGAAUAUUCUGGGUGAGGCGAAGACAUCAAGGAGUGACGUGAUAAGCUUCACGUGUUUAAAGUGUAACUUUUCCAACACCUUGUACUACAGCAUGAAGAAGCAUGUGCUGGUGGCCCAUUUCCAUUACUUAAUUAACUCCUACUUUGGUUUUCGAACCGAGGAAACAGAGCAACCAAAAGCAAGUGACCCUGUUUCUGUGGAUAAGACCCUGACACUUGACAAAUACUACUGUAAAAAAUGCAGCGCUAUUGCCAGCAGUCAGGAUGCCCUGAUGUAUCACAUUUUGACAUCAGAUGUACAUAGGGACUUGGAGAAUAAGUUGAGGUCUGUGAUUUCAGAGCACAUCAAGAGGACUGGGUUUCUGAAGCAAAUGCACAUUGCUCCCAAACCAGUGACCCACUUGGCCUUACCGCCAAACAGCAGCGCCCCGAGCCUCCCAGCCCCUUCACCUUGCUUCCACCUAGCUUUGCCACAGAACAGUCAAAGCCCUGGCACUGUGCAACCAGUGUCUGUGGCCCCAGGCUCUUCUGGAAGCCUUCCACACUCCCCCCCCACCACUGCCCAGUCUCAGGUAGCUCUGGUCUCCAGCCCUCUGCCUGUGUGCCAGAGUAGCCUCACCCUGCAGCCAUCAGCCCCCCCGCCCGUCUUUCUCUCUCACAGCGUCCCGCUUAAUCAGCCUGUGCGCACCUCUGUGCUGCCUGUGACUAAGUCUGUUGGAGCAAGCAUCCUUCCUAUGAAUCAAGCUGUCCGUCCUGGAGUUUUACCCCUCACUCAGCCCAUGGGGUCCAUAAGUAGGCCCGUGGGGCCCAUAAACAGACCUGUUGGGCCUGGUGUCUUGCCUGUGAGUCCCCCUGUCAACUCAGGGGCUCUCCAGUCUGCUUCUUCAGGGGUGAUUCCUGUAGGUCGGGCAGUUCCAUCAGGAGUCCUUCCUGCAGGCCAGGUGACCCCUGCAGGAGUGAUUCCUGGCCAGACAGCCACUUCUGGUGUCCUACCCGCUGGUCAAGUGGUCCAGUCAUCAGUUCUUCCUGUUGGCCAGACAGCUCCAUCUCGUGUUCUCCCUCCUGGCCAGACAGUGCCCUUGAGGGUUCUCCCUGCAGCCCAGGUGGUAUCACCUGGGCUGCUUUCCUCAAACCAGACUGUCUCCUCAACUGUUGUUCCUGUGAAUCAGGGUAUGAGCUCUGGUGUUAUUCAGCUCAAUCAGCCAGUAACAUCAGGAGUUCUUCCUGUGGGCCCCCCUGUGAGGCCUGGUGUGCUGCAACUCAGUCCGUCUGUCAGCACCAACAUCUUGCCUGUGAGCCAGGCGGUGAGAGCUGGAACCUCACAAAACACUACUUUCCUCACUUCCGGCUCUAUUCUCAGACAGCUCAUUCCGACUGGGAAACAGGUGAAUGGAAUCCCCACCUAUACGCUGGCCCCAGUGUCUGUCACUUUGCCUGUGUCCUCUGGGGGAGGCCUUGCGGCUGUUGCACCACCACCCCAGGUGCCAGUGCAGUUCUUGCCCUCAAGCUCGGGCACACAGAUGGCUAGCUCCUUGCCUAGCCUGCCCUCCCCACAGGUGCUAGUGAGCCCUGCCCCUAGUGUGUUUGUUCAGGCUACCUCGCCUGUGGCAGAUGCAAAUCAGGCGCUCAGACAGGCCAAGCAGUGGAAAACGUGCCCGGUUUGCAAUGAGCUCUUCCCUUCCAACGUCUAUCAGGUUCACAUGGAGGUGGCUCACAAGCAGAGCGAGUCUCAGCUCUGCCAGGUGUGCAAUGAGCUCUUCCCCGCUAACGUCUACCAGGUUCACAUGGAAGUCGUUCACAAGCAGGGCGAGUCCAAGUCUGGUGAGAAACUUGAACCUGAAAAGCUUGCUGCAUGUGCCCCAUUUCUAAAGUGGAUGAGGGAGAAGACCGUGCGCUGCCUCUCUUGUAAGUGCCUGGUUUCGCAGGAGGAGCUGAUGCACCAUUUGCUCAUGCAUGGCUUGGGGUGCCUGUUUUGUCCCUGCACUUUUCAUGAUGUCCGGGGCCUUGUGGAGCACAGCAGGACUAAGCACCUGGGCAAGAAGAGGCUGUCUAUGGACUACAGUAACAGAGGUUUCCAGCUGGACCUGGAUGCUGAUGGGAACCUGCUGUUCCCCCAUCUCGAUUUCAUCACCAUACUGCCACGAGAGAAGCUUGGAGAGCGAGAGGUAUACCUGGCUAUCCUUGCUGGAAUACACUCCAAGUCACUGGUACCCGUGUAUGUUAAGGUGAGGCCUCAACCCGAGGUUUCACCAAAGAUGCCUAGCAAACAGAAGCUGACCUGCCCCUUUUGUUUUGGCACAUUUUUGACUGCUGAUGCCUAUGAGCUGCAUCUGAAGGAGAGGCACCAUGUCAUGCCCACAGUUCAUACAAUGCUCAGGUCUCCAGCCUUUAAGUGCAUUCACUGCUGUGGGGUCUACACUGGAAACAUGACCUUAGGAGCCAUUGCUGUCCAUUUGCUCCGUUGUAGAAGUGCUCCCAAGGACAGCAGCUCAGACCUGCAAGUCCAGCCAGGCUUUAUUGAGAGCAGUGAACUGCUGCUGGUUAACGGGGAAGUGAUCCCUGACUCCACCUUUGCUGUGAAGAGAAAGCUGCCAGAAGGCCACCUGGGGGCUGAAGACCAGAGGGAUGGGGACAAGCCCCAGCUCUCUCUAGACACCAUUGCAAUCCCGGGUGCAGAGAGAGGGCUGAGUGCUGUGCCUUUGAAGAGACAGAAGAAUGAAAGCAGGACAGAGGGACCAGGGGCCAGUGAUGACUCUCUGCAGGUGUUAGCAUUGGAUCCCGCUAAGUAUGGAAGCCGCUCCUAUGAGGACAAAAAACAGUUUCUUAGAGACUAUUUCCACAAGAGACCAUAUCCUAGUAGAAAAGAAGUGGAGCUACUGACUUCACUCUUAUGGGUGUGGAAAAUCGACGUGGCUUCAUUUUUUGGGAAAAGAAGGUAUAUUUGCAUGAAAGCAAUAAAAACUCAUAAGCCCUCUGUACUGCUAGGUUUUGAUAUGUCUGAACUAAAAAAUGUCAAACAUAGACUGAACUUUGAGUGUGACUCACCACCUGUAGAAGACUAGGUCUGGAGUCUGGAUGACUUUGGAUGUGCCCUGGCUUUGUUCUAAGUGUCUGAGGCCCUGCAAGGCGUUCCAGGUGCUCAGAAAGCCUGGUAAAGAAGCACACAGUCCCACAGAUGGGCUGUUCCCUGCAGCUUGGUUUGCAACUGUUUCGGUUUUUUCCUGCCAUGUAAAUUAAAUCUUUGGUAUUUCAUGCACGCCUUGUUUUCCCAGGAGUGUCAGUAUCAAUAGUAACAACCUGGAGUCCACAAAUACUUGUUUUUCAUUUAAGGAAAUUUCUGCUUGUUUGAGAAUACUUGAUUAAUAGAAAAUGAAAGCAUUGCUCAGCUUCAGUUGACAGACAACAACUAUGUCCAUGUCUAAGAGAAGUAAGCACUCUGAAGUCUUUGGGCCCUGAGGACAUACUUGUAAGCAUUAACUUCUGCUGAUGCUGGGAAUGCUGUCUGCUUAAGACUACACAUUUGAUUUACAUCUUUUAGGUUUUCCCUAAUAGCUAUUUUAAAAAAAUAUAUCGUAAUCCAUAAAAAACCAAAUGUUUCCAUUUAUUAAAAUACCCUGAGCCUGAAGUCUGGUGUUUAGUGAAUAAUCAAGUUUUGCUUUAUGAGUAAAAUCUCUGCAGGAAUAGAAGUGCUCCCCAGAGCAGACUGUCUUGUGCUAUGAUGGCCAGUCCGUCCUCCAUUGAAAGUGAGACAAGUCUUUAGUGCCUUUAGAAUAACUGAAAACACCUCGAUGCCUCCUUCCUUGGAACUGCUGGUAAACUAGUAGAAAGGAAGGACCAUGCCUCAAGUGGGGUUCCUGCCCUUGUAUAUAGACACAGCUAAUCCAGGCAGAUUUCUGAGUUCUAGUCAAGUCUGGUCUAUGUAGUGUGACCCCCAUCUCAAAAACAAAAACAAAUGAAGAAAGCUGGCCGUGGUAGUUCAUGCCUGUAAUACCAGGUCUCAGGAGGCAGAGGCAGGUGGCUCUCUGUGAGUUCAAGGCCAGUUUGGUCUACAGAGUGAGUGCCAGAACACAACUUGAGGUGGAGUGCAGGUUUCAGCAGACCAGGCUCUGUCUUUGAUUAGAAUAGCGUGGGAUAGAUGUGUUAGAGUUGGAGAAACACGCUUUCCUCAGGCCCAGGUGUUGAGAUGAAUGGAAUGUGGACUGAUGAAUCUUCACAGUCCUGUGGAUGCCAAUUUUUUUUUUAACAUACUAUGAACUAAUGUAAAGCACCAGAACUGUAAUGGGGACCAGCCAACUCUGGUCAAAAUCACCCCUCUGAGUGAUGCACAGCAAGCAGAGGGGAUGCCGGCCUCUGGGAAGCACUGCAGUGUUGCUAUAUAUAGUUUUUAAAAUACAAUACUUGCAUGUAAUUGCUCUAAUGUUCAUUUCGAGGCAGUUGUUUGUGACUAUUGAUGUACUCUGUUGUAAAUUCAGAGCUUGUUGGACUUUAUUUUUUUUUUAUUAUUUCCAGAGUGUCUAUUUUGAAUUAAAAUUUGUUAAACCACUGAAAA